AAAGGCGGAGAAAAGGAUAGUAGUAGAGAAUUGAUACGGGGGAGAGGCGGAGAGAGCCCGAGCCCGAAGUCCGAGAAAAUGCACACACGCACACAUCGCUGCGCUCUGUUUUUGUUUACAUUCUACGGCCAAGCCGUUUUAUUACGUUGGAUUGUUGCACAUACAUCGUGCGCUGUAUAUCUAUGUAUACGUAUUUAUACAUAUGCAUAUGUAUGUGUGUGUGGGUGCGAGAGAGAGAGAAAGCGAGACCUAGACAUGCGAAACGUGCGCGAAAUAUAUGCCGUGUGACGUCGUCCUCUCGAGCACGCCGCCGCCGGUGCCGCGCCUCUCGAGGUGCGCCCUUAUCAGGAGCGGCGUCGUUGUCGUCGUUGACGGCCGAAGACAGCGGCUUAGUAGCGCGGGUCGCCUGAUGCGAUUCACACCAUUAUCCAUUUCUGCAAUAGCAGCAGCAAGCACACAACACCACUGCGUCGUUGCCCUACGCCGAACGAUUGAUAAUGUGAAACCUGUGGGGGGGGGGGGGGUAGAGUACCGCACAGUACGUUUCUAGUGCUCCUCGCGUUAGCUUGCCUCGCACGUGUGUGCUUGCACUUCCCUCGCGGGGAGACGGUUUUCGGUUAACGGUCCUAGGAGGAAGCUAGGCUCUGCAGGCUGUGUGUGUGUGUGUGUUUUUUUAUUCACAUAAACAAAAGGGUGUACCAAACUUAGCGAUGGCCGAUCAAGUUGAUCGGGAGAAAAACGGUGCUGAAAACAAAAAUGAGAAGAAACCGUGCUCAAAGCUGCGACGUAUGACUAGGUACAACGAUGGAUCGGUAAAGCUUCGCAACCCCAAUAUCGAGCUGAUGGAUCAGGAUAUUUUGUACCAUCUGGCGCUAGGUAGUGGAAGCCACGAUCUGCAGGAAAUGUUUGGCGAUGUUAAGUUUGUGUGCAUGGGCGGCACGCCGAAGCGGAUGGAGACGUUUGCGCAUUUCAUGAUGGACGAAUUGAAGCUAAAGCUGCCCGCUGGUACCCAGCUGCAAGACAUUAGCGCGUUUUCCUAUCGCUACUCGAUGUACAAGGUUGGUCCGGUGCUGUCCGUGAGCCAUGGCAUGGGCGUCCCGUCGGUCGGCAUUCUGUUGCACGAGCUGAUCAAGCUGAUGUACCACGCGAAGGUGAAGGAUCCGCACUUCAUCCGCAUCGGCACGUGUGGCGGCAUCGGUGUAGAGGGUGGUACCGUCGUCGUCACUGAAGACGCUUACGACGGGUUGCUGCGGAACAGCUACGAACUGGCCAUCCUGGGACGAAUCGUGCAUCGCCCCGCAGUGCUCGACAAGAAGCUGGCCCGCGAUCUGAAGGCGAUGGCAACAAAUGACGAUCCUUACGAUACGAUCAUUGGAAAAACAAUGUGCACAUAUGACUUCUACGAAGGUCAGGGGCGGUUAGAUGGAGCGUUCUGUGAAUUUAGCGAGACCGAAAAAAUGGAGUACUUAGAGCAAUUGCGGGAUUUUGGUAUCGUCAACAUCGAGAUGGAGUGCACCAUCUUCGCCGCGCUUACCCACUACGCCGGCAUUAAGGCGGCCGUCGUGUGCGUAACGUUGCUCGAUCGAUUGAAGGGUGACCAGGUGAUGGCGCCGAAGGAGGUGAUGAACGAGUGGCAGCAGCGCCCGCAGACCCUUGUCUCCCGCUACAUUCAGGAAUACGUGCGGAAGACGAAACUGAUGAGGUCAUAUCCCAUGUUAGUGGGUCCCAUUAAGUCGCCGCGGCGCUUCAAGCUCGUGCAGCAAGAAUCGGAAGCUCACGAGUAAGUAGUAGUAGUGUGUCAGGGCGACUAGGAGGAGCAAGUAACUGAGACGGAACUAGAGAGGAGAGUUCGAGAAGAACACAAAAGCUACGAUUGGUUUAUCCUCGAUUCGCACGAUCAUAUUUAACCGAAAUUCCAAAUCUUUGUUUAACGGUUCUGUACCUGUGCUUGCACUUCAAGUUCCCUUGUUCCCUACCAGCCAUUCAUACUCAGCCAGACCGAGGCUUAACUGAAGGUCAAAACCACUCUACUACAUAUGUUAAAUUAUGUAAAACACACAGUGUGAGAGUCAGAAAGUUGCAAAGCUUGGAGCGUUCCGCUGCGUCUGUACGUUGUACGUUUGGUGUAAUGUGCGAAUUCAUACUUUGGUUUUGU